UAAGCUUUAUUUGUUCCACUUUUGUGUUCCUCUAAAAUUACAAAAAUGAAUAAAAUGAUUGUAUGUAUUGUAUCAAUAUCAAUUGGGUGCCUGUUCAAAACUCAACAUCCUAUCUCACCUUUAAACUAUGUGGAAACUGUGGGAGUUUUAUUAGAUUUUAGUUCAUUAUUCAGGUUGUUUGAAGCUAUUAUGCCACUAUGUCCCAUUAAGCCUUAUUUAUCUACAUGUAUCCCAACAGGAUUUGUGGAUUAUCAUAUCAUGUGAAUAUAUUUUAUCUUUCAGUAUCAUAACAAACAGGAUCCAUUAGUUCACUCUCUAUUGCUGCCUUCAUAGUAGCUCCUCAAACACUUCUGUGACUGCACCUGUUCACAUUCAAAUCACAAACCAAAACUCACCUUUCAGAGCUUUUGAUUUAUUAAUAUUGUAUGUUAUAUUUUAGUUGUGAUUUUAAAAUGGUAUUUAUAUACCUGUAAGUUAAAUAAAUAUCAUUAAAAUGUUUAAUUAUUAACUAUUUCUGUAAUGCCCUGAUUACUGCAAAUAAAGGUGUGCUCUCUUUCUGAGGCAUUACAAGAAUUUAAACUGUAACGAAAACAACCAGACUUCACCAAUCUGCAUCCCAAACCCUGGAUUACAAUUGCCUUGUUAUCCAAUGAAAGUAGUUGAGAUUUUUGUUUUCACUCAGAAAUCUGCAAAAAAUGUGUUGUUUUUUUUAAACUGAAAUUUCAAAAACUAUUUGACCUGGUUUAGUUUUUGUAUUUUUUUGUUGCAAUUCCUUUUUAUUACAGGGUUAUUUAUCUAAAGUUACCUUAUGUAGCCCUCCCCACCACUUAGCUCAGGACAGGUUAAGUGAACCAGGACAGUACUACGAGCAUGGGAGGAGCUGUGGUGGGAUAAGCUCUCCUAUCUAGGGUUCUCACUUUUCAUAUUCCACGACUCCGUUCCAAAAGAAAUAAAAGUACCCGGGAUUUGAGUCAGUUAUGGUACCCUUGUUGGCGAGCUAGAUGAAGCUCAUUGUUGAUGCACCGACGCAUUCCCUCCACACGGCCGAUCCAUAGACGUAUGUUAAAGGAUACGAAUGCAAACUCUCUCACCGAUUAAACAAUCCCGUGUAGUCCUCCCGUUGGCCCUAUGUCCUUCUUCUUCAACCGGCAGCAGGCAGGCAGGCACACGCACGAGUCUCUUAAGAUUACGUCUACACUGUUCAACUACUAAAACAACAAACCCGGACUCCGGACAACGCAGCUAAACGUGAGGCUAACUUAGCCGUUGCUACAUUUCGCAUACAGUCACGCAGUUUCGCAUACAGUCUUGUGAAUUUGCCACCAAAUGAGUUCCAUGCUCUUCUCCCAGGCACUCGAAUACACAACAGUACUUCUAGCUUACUUUAACAUUGGUAAAUCAAAAUAAAUAAAGACGUUUUCCUCCGUUCUUAACUUGUCCGUUACUAUGCCUCUCUCCUUUUCGCGCUUCUCCGACCUAAGUCCCUCCUCUUCUCAAACCGGGUAAGUUAGAACACUGAACUCUGAUUUGUUCGCUAUAUAACUGACACCUUUACCAACCAAUACAAAACCCCAACAAACGGAUGUGAAGUUCAAGGACUUCUAAAACAUAGGAAAUGUGACAACUUAACGAAUAACUGACACUGAACGUACUCUUCUUUUAAUUUAGUGGUGACGAAAACAAAACGACAUGUCAAUACACAUCUGGAAAACCCUUUUCAUUUCUUUAUCAAUGAAAAUGUAAACAGAAAUUAGUAGGACACUUGUGGUAUAUUAAAUCUGUUCAUACAUACAGUUAGUUAAAUCGGUUCAUAAUACAUUUAGUUACUCUCUGAGGUCAUGGAGAGUGCAGAGAAGAUGUCAUUCAGGGGGCAAUCGGAGGUUGAAAUACGUUAGGGGGGCCCUAUGAUUGAAUACAUGUCACUUAGUGAGGCAUACAUUGUCAUUGAUUACCUCCUGUGAGCACACACACUUUGGACACGCACACACAUGUUCUUUUAUAAAUUGUAUGCACAACGACAGUUCGGGGGGACUUCCACAAUUGGCUCUGGGAACCUCGUAUUGCCCGUGUUGGUGUAUGAUACUAUGCUGUUGUAAUAAACCUUAUUAUAUAUUCCCUUCCCUUUCAUCAUCUACGUUAUCAUUUCACAACAUGAAGCUGCACAAGUUCACAUUUAGGUUUUGGAUUUGACAUAAGUCUGAAAUAAUGAAAAACAUUGAAUUGAAUGUGUAAAUGACUAUAUGCAAUUUUUACGUGUGAUAUUUUAUGUUAAUACUUGCUAAGUCAAGGCUUGCAUCAACAAUCUUAUGUGACGCUCACACUAUUGUUCAUGUUCGGCAAAUGUGGUUGAACUGGUACAAACAAAAGCAGUCAAACCACAGCAAGAGAACCGAAGACAGAACAUCCAGCCGUCGACUGACUACAGUCAUUUAUGUAAAAUGGACGUGCAAACUUCAAGGAGGAUUGUCCUGCUGGGAAAAACUGGAGCUGGAAAAAGCAGCCUGGCUAACACCAUGAGUGAAGACGAAGUGUUCAUGAUAAACCAUUGCCCAGUUACCGAAGUACCUCCAUCUUAUUCAGCAACCAAAUUCGUCAAUGGGAGAAGCCUCUCAUUUAUCGACACUCCGGGGUUUUUUGACACACAUGGGUCCGUCAAAAGCCUCAAGGCCGAUAUAGUGAGGUGUAUCACAGAGUGCGCUCCUGGGCCCCAUGCUUUUCUCAUUGUGCUCAAAGUUGAGAAAUUCACAGAGCAAGAAAAGGAAGUCAUCAAUGAAGUAUGCACACACUUCUCAGAGGCAGCCUUUAAGUAUGCCACAUGUGUCUUCACUCAUGGUGACCAGCUCCAGAAAGGGAUGACAAUUGAGGAGUUUGUCGGUCAGAACGUAGAUCUGAGUGAUCUGGUGAAGAAGUGUGGAGGCCGGUGCCAUGUCGUCGAUAAUAAAUACUGGAAGAACAGCGAAGGAGACGUCUACAGAUGCAACCAGUUCCAGGUGGAGAGGUUACUCAACACACUGGAUCAGAUGAUUGAGGCAAACAACGGAAGCUUCUACACCAAUGAGAUGUUAGAAACAGUGAAAACAAACGUACAACAAGAGGCAGAGCAAAUUAGACAGUCCUCAGCCAACGUGUCACAGGAAGAGAUUAUUAAACAAGCGAAAAGCAAAGUUUUUGACAGAAUAUUGAUCUUAUCUGCAGGCAUUGCAACAGGUGUAUUGUUGGGAGCUUUUCUUGGUCUGGCAGAUAUGGUUACAACAGCUGUUGCAACUUUAAAAAAUCCUUCAGAUGUUUCGUCACUUGCAGCAACAUCAAAACUAGAUGUUGCAUUUGCUGCUUUAAAGGGGAUGGUGAAUGGCUUCUGGAGAGGAUUUGAGGCAGGUGAAGGAUCAGAAACUACAGGGGAAGCCAUAAACAAGACAGUACAGGCUCUCAAGAAGUAAUCUGGGGUUCUUGCAGAAAAUCAAAACAACAAAUAGAACAUUGACAAUUUAAAAAAAGUAGAGCGGGAGGUUGAUAAUUGUUAAGCAGGUUUAACCAAGUUAACAAUUAGUUGGAAACCAGGGAAAGGUGAUCAGAUGAGGUCAGUGUGAUUAGUGCUCUGACACUAAAGGCGAAAUAAUGAGUGUACAUUUCAGAAAAUUAUUAAUGGCGUUACAUCCUUUUUUUUCCCCGUGAUUUAUUUGCAUUUAUUGCUUAAUUUCUUUAAAGAAAGAAAUCCUUUGUUGUUUGUGCUGUUUUAUUUUAUUGUGCAAACAAAUGAAUGAAAAUACUAUCAUGCUUUGAUUAAUUACUAAGGAAUGUACAUUUUUAAAAGGGUGAGAGUUUGUAGACAUUCAUUAUUAAUUAUUAUAUAAUUUCACUGUUGUAGAUUUACUUUUUUGUAGAGAAGAUAGUGAUAAAUAAUCAGAAAUUGUCCCUCUUAGAAAUUAAUUUUCUCUUUAUUGAAAUGUUUCUGCUUGUUGUUUUGAGGGAUUCAACACGUUUAACAGCUGCCGUGUGAAAUGAAAAUAUAAUACUUUAUUUACAUUGUACUCUUCACUGUGCCAUGACUUUUGAAUGCUGAAAGAUGCUGUUCAGAUCAUUCAAACAAUGCAUUUGAUUUUGCUAUAAAAGUUAUUUCUUGUGACAAGUUAUCUGAAAAAUAAACAACUGUGUGUUUAUAAAAA